AAAAACUAACAAGCCUAUCACAAUAAACUCUUGAUGCAAAGACUGCCUUCAUUGUGUUGCUUCCUUGAAAUUAACAUCGCUUCACUUUUUGCCUGAAUGACUAUUUCACAUCACUUUUCACAUCACUUUUUUUUUUACAAUCUGUGCUUUGGUUGCUCCCAAGAUAUAUCCUACUUUUUUGGUUGAACUUGUUAUUCAGGGUUUUUUGUUCACACGGAGGAAUGGUAAUAGUACAUAGUACAGACGCGGUAAUUCGGUUGGAAGUGUUAAUACGAGUUGAAAAGGUGAAGGAGGAACAUCAUGGCAGCUAAUCUGAGUAAGAAUGGAGUUACUCUCAUGGCGGCGUAUAAGGACGUAGUGGAUAGAAGGUCACACACAAACUGGGCUGUGUUUACAUAUGAAGGCGACAGCAGCAUCGUUCGCCUUGCAGGAAAAGGAGAAGGGGGGUUGGAGGAGAUGGUGGAAGAGCUGAGCAGUGGGAAAGUGAUGUAUGCGUUCUGCUGCGUUAAGGAUCCCAACUCUGGACUCCCCAAAUAUGUUCUCAUCAACUGGACAGGGGAAGGCGUGAAGGAUUGUCGUAAGGGUGUAUACGCAAACCAUGUUACCUCCCUGGCCAACUUCCUCAAGGGGGCUCAUGUGACCAUCAAUGCCCGUGCGGAGGAAGACGUCGAACCGGCAACCGUCUUGGCCAAAGUGGCCAGAGCAUCAGGAGUCAACUUUAACUUCCACAUGAAAACUGCAGAACAUAGUCAUGAACCUAGUGGACCUGUGGGUUCUGUAUACAAGAAGACCAACGCCAAAGAUGAGAUUCAGAGCACUGCCAAAGAACGUUUCUGGGGCCAAACUCAGAGGGACGAGAAGGUGCCUCCCAAGGUGGACGGUAAAAGAGUGGAGGAGGAGACGUGGAGGGUGGAGCGAGAGAAGAGAGAAAGGGGGGAGAAAGAAAAGAGCCCUUCGAUUAUUUGGAAUAGGAGUUUUCAGAAGAUAAUAGAGGCGGAAAAAGGAAAUAUGGUGCAACAGAAGACGCAGGUUUCUGUUUACAAGAAAAUCAACACCAGAGAUGAGAUUCAGAAAACUAACAAAGAUCACUUCUGGGCUCAAACUCAGAAGGAGGAGGAAGAACGUAGAAAGGAGUCCAGUAAGAGGGUGGAGGAGGAGAAGCAGAGGGUGGAGCGAGAGAAGAGAGCACUAGAAGAGAGACAAGCUAAAGGAAGAGGAAAAGGAGGCAAUGAAAAGAAGGCCUCCAUUAUUCAGAAUAGGAGUUUUCAGAUGAUACUAGAAAUAGAAAAAAGGGAUAAAGAGCAACAUAAAAUGUUACAUCAGGUUCCCUCUUACAAGAAAAUCAACGCCAGAGAUGAGAUUCAGAAGACUGACAAAGAUCACUUCUGGGCCCAAACUCAGAAGGCGGAGGAGGAACAUAGGAAGGAGUCCAGAAAGCGGGUGGAGGAGGAGAAGCAGAGGAUAGAGCGAGAGAAGAGAGAACUAGAAGAAGGACAAGCCAAAGAAAGAGAAAAAAGAGACAAAGAAAAUAGGGCCUUGAUUGUUCAGAAUAGUUUUCAGAAGAAACAAGAAAUGGAAAGAAUUGAUAAAACGCAACAGAAGAUCCACACAAAGUACGAGGAACUGAGGCCCAACAAAACCUACCAGAACAAUGGGAUCCAGACUGCCGAAUCAGUACAGAAAGCCAACGAAGCCAAAUUGUUGAUAUCCCAGAGGUCCUUUAACCCAAGAGACGUGUUUAAGCAGCAAAACCAGCAGAGUCCCGUCGUCAACAAUGGAGCACCCCUCACUCCACAACCAGGGAAACUGCGCAGCCCCUUUCUCUCCCAGGACUCAAGCGACGGCGGAGCUGCGGGCCCUGAACCGAAGCGUCGUCCCUCGCCCUCCCCUGCUCCGGUGGUACGCAAGGCUCCUAGCUCGUCCGCCUCGUCGACCAUCUCAGCGGGCCGCGGAGAGAUCGCCGCCUCGCCCGUUAGAUCGGACCCACCCAUGGAGUCUCCCUCCAGUGCCCUCUACGAGAAUGACCUCCCACCUGGUCAGCCCACAAACAAUGCUUCCUCAGAGGACGAAUGGUCGGAUGAAUUUGAAGACGACGAUGACUACGAUGUACUUGAGGGAGCUUAUAAGAAAGAAGAGCCGUUGUAUGAGGACCUUUACGAAGAGGUUCCAAACUUGACGGUUGAAGACCAAACGCUAAAGGCGAAAGCUCUUUACAACUACCAAGCUGUGAAUGACACAGAAAUCUCCUUUAACCCCCAUGACCUCAUCACCGGGAUCGAGAAGGUGGACAGGGGAUGGUGGAGAGGAUACGCUCCUAAUGGACAUUAUGGGCUGUUCCCCGCUAACUACGUGGAGCUUCUCCUCUAGGCACCUGGCCAAUGUAAUGCUCAUGUCUCUCGUCCGUUAAAGUCAGCUUUAAAUGAAUUACAAUGCAGCUGUUGGCAACAUCUGAGGAUCUGAAGUUAUCUAGAAAAUAAUCCAAUAUUUUAAUUAUUAUUAGGUUCUGAGUUUGAUCCCCAAUGUCUACCUGCAUGAAGCCAAACCACAUGUCUCUGAAAUAGUGAAACACAAUGGAUUGGUUCCAUGCGAAAAGAGCAUAGGAUGCAUUUGCUUCCUGAGUAGUUAAUAGUAUUGGCCCUCUUGUAAGGCUGCUACCCUAGUAACCUACUCUGGCUGAACAUCCCUGGCUGAAAGACGACUGCAUGGGCCAUGGCCCCAAUUUAUUUUCAUGGCCUACGUUUAACCUUUUCUUAUCAUUCAAAAUAAGUUAUUAACCAAUGAGUAUCUGAAGAGUAGGAGCCUAAUUGUACUAUUGCAUUAACAACAAUUUGGAAAUUAAAUGAUUGAUGACUAUUUUUGUCAUUCAACCAAUUA